AUGGGAGAACUUUCAAAAGCUGGACUGUUUAUUGACGAACUGAAUAAACUGCGCAUUGUCGAUCCCAAUGUGACCCAGGAUACCAACGAAUUAAAAGAAGAAUGUGAAAAAUAUCUGCAAAGUAUGUGGUUGUGGUUAUUGUUUGGUUAUUUUUUAUUAUAUUCUGUGCAACUUACCUUGGAAUCAUUAAGUUUGAUGGCUAGAACCAGUAGUUUAGUUGCUGUCACCGGCGUCUAUUUGGACCCCGUGGUCCGAGCUUCGAGCUCCAUCACCGCCACCCAAUUUUCAGGGUGGUAG